AUGAGGGAGCGACCCAGAUUAGGUGAGGACAGUUCUCUCAUUAGCCUUUUCCUACAGGUGGUUGCAUUCUUGGCAAUGGUCAUGGGAACCCACACCUACAGCCACUGGCCCAGCUGCUGCCCCAGCAAAGGGCAGGACACCUCUGAGGAGCUGCUGAGGUGGAGCACUGUGCCUGUGCCUCCCCUAGAGCCUGCUAGGCUCGACCGCCACCCAGAGUCCUGUAGGGCCAGUGAAGAUGGACCCCUCAACAGCAGGGCCAUCUCCCCCUGGAGAUAUGAGUUGGACAGAGACUUGAACCGGCUCCCCCAGGACCUGUACCACGCCCGUUGCCUGUGCCCGCACUGCGUCAGCCUACAGACAGGCUCCCACAUGGACCCCCGGGGCAACUCGGAGCUGCUCUACCACAACCAGACUGUCUUCUACCGGCGGCCAUGCCAUGGCAAGAAGGGCACCCACAAGGGCUACUGCCUGGAGCGCAGGCUGUACCGUGUUUCCUUAGCUUGUGUGUGUGUGCGGCCCCGUGUGAUGGGCUAGCCGGACCUGCUGGAGGCUGGUCCCUUUUUGGGAAACCUGGAGCCAGGUGUACAACCACUUGCCAUGAAGGGCCAGGAUGCCCAGAUGCUUGGCCCCUGUGAAGUGCUGUCUGGAGCAGCAGGAUCCCGGGACAGGAUGGGGGGCUUUGGGGAAAACCUGCACUUCUGCACAUUUUGAAAAGAGCAGCUGCUGCUUAGGGCCGCUGGAAGCUGGUGUCCUGUCAUUUUCUCCCAGGAAAGGUUUUCAAAGUUCUGCCCAUUUCUGGAGGCCACCACUCCUGUCUCUUCCUCUUUUCCCGUCCCCUGCUACCCUGGCCCAGCACAGGCACUUUCUAGAUAUUUCCCCCUUGCUGGAGAAGAAAGAGCCCCUCGUUUUAUUUGUUUGUUUACUCAUCACUCAGUGAGCAUCUACUUUGGGUGCAUUCUAGUGUAGUUACUAGUCUUUUGACAUGGAUGAUUCUGAGGAGGAAGCUGUUAUUGAAUGUAUAGAGAUUUAUCCAAAUAAAUAUCUUUAUU